AUGGACUCUCAGAACAAAGUUAUGGGAUUAGGGUGGUUGUUACGUGCCGAAGGAGGUAUCUUUUUAGCAGCUAAGUCUCUCAGGUUCAAUGGCAACUAUAGCGUUCAAGAGGCCGAGGCUGUGUGCAUUCGGGAAGCGUUAAGCUGGUUGAAGGGAACCGGGAUGGGAGAUGUGGACAUAGAAACUGAUUCUCAACUUGUCUAUUAUGCAUUAUCUUCUAGUUCUUUUGUUUCUAGUUUUGGUUUUAUUAUUGAUGAUGUCAAAGAAGUUGCAUCUAUGAUUGAGGGUGUAGACUUCUAUUUUGCUAAGCGAUCUGCGAAUCGUGCCGCCCACCUACUUGCUCGGGAGGCCGUUUCUAUGUCAGGUUGCGGGGAGUGGUUUGAUACCCCUCCUCCGUUUCUUGUUGACUGUCUUUUAUCGGAUUCAAUGAAUUAA